AUGCCAUUUGUCCGAUCUACUCGGGGCAUCUCUACCACCCCGAUGUUCCUGAAGAAGAACAAGGGACCGACGAAUUUAAAGGAUGAAGCACCGGAGCAAUACUCUCGUAAGGGUAAACCGAACCCUGCACAUGCUGCUGCAGCGGCAGAGACACCGAACGAUGAUCCGUACAACUUUAAGAAGUUCGAUGAUUCGGUAAAACAUGCUGUGGAAGGAUGUAAAACAGAGAUUCAGCAUUUGAAGAGUUUUAGUGGGAGGGUCGAUCCUAGUGUUAUUGAGAAUUUGUUGGUUACUAUCUCACAUGGGAAGAAGGAGGAUGGUGGGAAGGAGGUUAAGGAGGUUAAGUUGAAGUUGGGCGAGCUUGCACACGUAGCGCCUAAGGGAAGGGAGUUUAUUUUGACGGUUAACGAUGAAAGCUUCGUGAACAAUAUCAAGAACACAAUUUUAUCCCAGAUGUCGAUGAACCCCCAACAAGUCUCUCCGAGUACACCGAAUAUCCUGAAAGUCCCAAUCCCAAUGCCGACGAAGGAAUCGCGACAGAACACUGCAGCAUUGGUACAAAAGGCUGGACAGAAAUGGCUAGACAAAGUGCAAUACAUUAGAGGAUCGCAUUUCACACAUCUUGAGAAGCUAAAGAAGGCAGGAACAGCGAGACCUGACGAUGUUAAAAAGGCGGAGAAAAAACUACAAGAAAAGCUAGAUAAGACUAACAAAGAACUAAAGCAGCUUAUUGAGAAGUCUAAGCAGGAUGUUUUGCAGAGCUAA